GUUGCUGUUGAAGAUGAGACUUUAGAAAGAGCACCGAAAACUACAUUUCCCAUGAUGCCAUUCUUUAGCACGCAUGCGACCACGCCCUCGUUGCCACGGGAACUGAGGAGCCUACGUUCUUGGUUCAUCCUGCCGCUCUCGGUUCGCGGGGUACCGGGCUGGGCCGCACGCCGAGCACUCCGCGUUUGCGGGCCUGUCACGAUGCCCAGUGAAACUCUCUGGGAAAUUGCAAAAGCUGAAGUGGAAAAGAGAGGAAGUAAUGGAAAUGAAGGCGAUGGCGUUGAAAGUGGAGAAAAGUCUGUCUUCUUCAUUGGCAGUAAAAAUGGGGGAAAGACUACUAUAAUUCUAAGGUGUCUUGACAGGGACGAGCCAGCAAAGCCAACCUUAGCUUUGGAAUAUACGUAUGGAAGAAGAGCAAAAGGACAUAACACACCGAAAGAUAUCGCUCAUUUUUGGGAACUGGGUGGAGGAACCUCUUUAUUGGACUUAAUCAGCAUACCCAUCACAAGUGACACUUUGCGGACAUUUUCUAUUGUUCUUGUUCUGGAUCUUUCAAAACCUAAUGACCUUUGGCCAACCAUGGAAAAUCUGUUGCAAGCCACAAGAAGCCAUGUAGAUAAAGUGAUCAUGAAACUGGGAAGGACAAAUUCUAAAUCAGCUUCUGAAAUGAGACAGAAGAUAUGGAGUAACAUGCAGAAGGAACAUCCCGAUCGUGAGUUAAUUGACCCAUUUCCAGUACCUCUGGUCAUAAUUGGAAGUAAAUAUGAUAUUUUUCAGGAUUUUGACUCUGAGAAGAGAAAAGUAAUAUGCAAGACACUUCGAUUUGUUGCACAUUAUUAUGGAGCAUCAUUGAUGUUUACCAGUAAAUCAGAAGCUCUAUUACUAAAAAUACGUGGAGUUAUCAACCAGUUGGCAUUUGGCGUCGAUAAAAGCAGAUCGAUCUGUGUGGAUCAGAAUAAACCACUGUUUAUCACUGCAGGAAUGGAUUCUUUAUGUCAGAUAGGUCCUCCCCCUGUUCCUGAUAACGACAUUGGAAAGUUUCAUGCCCACACACCAAUGGAGUUGUGGAAAAAAGUGUAUGAACAGCUCUUUCCACCAAAGAGCAUGCGCACACUGAAAGAUGCCAGGGACCCCGCGCGAGACCCUCAGUAUGCCGAAAGCGACGUGGACGAGAUGAGGGUUCAGAAGGAUCAGGAACUGGAGCAGUACAAGAGAAAUGCUUCCAAGUCUUGGAAACAGAUUGAUCUUGACUUUUGAGCCUUACUCAGCUAUUAUAUUGAUUUUUCUUUUCUUUCCCAAGUUCAAGUAAGAUUAUUUUAUUAAUUAACUAUUGUGGCAAUCCGUGAAGAAAGUUAAGAGAUGUGACUGGUUAGAGCAAAAGCUCGAUUUUCUCUAAUGUGACUCCUUUCUGGAUGCUCUGAAGUCUUUUAAAAGGGAAAAAUAUUCAUGAGAAGCCACUUUGAAGAUAUCAAUAUGUAAUACAACCACCAUUGUUAAUUC